CAAGAGUCAGAAGCACCUCGCAACGAAGAACGGCAACCAGACUAGGCCGUCGCCGAACACGUGGAUCGUAAUGGAACAGUGGCUGGAGGUGCUUCCUAUUAGAACGGACAAAGAGAAGGAACGCAAGAAGGUGUUGACGGCCGAAGUUGCUGAAGUAUCAGCAAAGUUUGGUGACAUGCCAGGUUUCGAUGGACACGACUACGUCUUCGCCCACUGUGAUCUUCUAUCUGGCAACGUGAUCAUUCCGACAACGGAUCCUUCUUCACAGAACGGCGAGUCCGUUGAGAAGGAAGUUCAGUUCAUCGACUACGAAUAUGCCACACCGGGUCACGCUGCAUUUGACAUUGCCAACCACUUCGCAGAAUGGUGCGGUUUCGCAUGCGACCACAGCCAAGUUCCGACUCGAUCACAGCGUCGAGAGUUCUUGAAACACUAUGUUGGUUCAUACAGAUAUCACUCCAUCUCCGACGAGGACAACAUCGCGGUGGAGAUUGAUUUCAAGAAAGAUAUCGACCGGCUCUACGACCAGGUGGAGCAGUUCCGUGGGAUUCCAGGAUUAUAUUGGGGCAUAUGGGCUCUAAUACAGAAUGAGAUCAGCCAGAUCGACUUUGACUAUGCGACGUAUGCUGAGCAUCGAUUGCACGAAUACUGGGCAUACAAGGAGGAGACUGACGGCUCGAGAAAGAGAGAAGGUCGCGAGAUGUACGUGCGCGAACAGAGGUGGCAUUCGGAGUGAACAGCGAUUGGUUAAAAUGGGCAUUGACUGCGGGCCAUUCGUUCAACACUUGCCCUGGCCCGCAAGGGACUGGUAAUUCUAGGAUUUGAGGAGUCUGGAGGGAAGAGAAGGAGGGUGUUCGAGGGCGAGAACCGACUCUGCUGAUGCAUGCUGCUACGUCGUUCCGACCGACGAGCUCAACAUGGAGAGUCGAGAUUCUGCGGAGAAAAGCAUGAGCGUAUUGGCAUACAGCACAUUGUUAUGUGCUUCUUCCCGUCUUUUUUCAUGACCCUAUUUGGCAAGGGUCGGUGGUUGCUUCAUGGUGUUGGUGUCUGUUCUGCGAAAGUUUUCGGCUUGCUCUGUGUCUUUCGAGUCUUCAACACGACGAUACCCGUUGCUACUGAGUCGCGCGAUCUGGGAAGAGAUGGAAUGAGGUUGGGAACGAACAUUUGAAAGACUCUUGUGCAUAUGUUUAGGUCAAUGUGUAGUGACCUGAUAGGGAAUA